GAAGGACGACGGUCAAUAAGUGUAAAUUCUAGUGAUAGUACAACUACAAGUAGUGAUUCUCCGAUGAAUCCUCCUACGAUUUCACCACCGAUGGAUAACGGGAACAUGUCGUUUCCGCCGUACUUCCAGCCACCAAUGACUCCUGAGAAAAUGUUCAUGAUGGAUUUCAAUGAAAUGUUGCGUGCUGCGUUUUCUUGCUCUUCUCAGACUUCUGCUGGUACUGGUAGUGGUAGUGCUAGGCAUAGUGGUGGGCCAGACGAACGCAGAAAUGAUGGCACGGGAUUUCACGAUGCGUCUAGUGUCAGUAGUGAUGCCUCAUCGAGCGGUUGCCGAAUUGAACUGUGUCGCAUAUGCGGCGACAGAGCCACCGGGUUCCACUAUUCUGUGUAUAGCUGUGAGGGUUGCAAAGGCUUUUUCAAGAGAACAGUGCAGCGUGGUCUGGUGUACACAUGUAAGGAGGGAAGUCGCAUGUGUGUCAUAAACAAGUACACAAGAAAUGCAUGCCAGUACUGUCGCUUUCAAAAAUGCGCGGACACAGGAAUGCGGCGAGAUGCUGUUAGAGAAGACAGAACUCCUGGCGGGAGACAUGUGCACCAAAUGAAAGGAAAGAGACCCAAUCUUACAGAAACCAUUGCUGUUAUAGAUAACCAAAGCAAUAUGCCGGCGAUGGAAACCCAGACGCCGAUGGAGGCUGAUCAGGAGCAGGAGGUGUAUGUGUGUGCCAAUGUGCAGUCCUAUGAGCUACUGCAGGAGAACGAGGUCAUGCAGAGCCUCGUCGAUGCUGGCCCGAACCUCAUACCAGCACCCGAAGGUGACUAUGUUCCUGGUGAGGUGACAGCUGAGCAGGUGAUGUUGGCAGGUUAUUCAGAACUGAGAAUGAUCAUCAAGUGGUCCCGAAAGAUUCCAGGAUUCAACGAAUUGCUGUUGGAUGAUCAGAUGACUUUACUGAAGAGCAGCUUCGUGGAGAUCAAUGUGUUCAGGCUUGCAUUCAGAUCGAUGGAUUGUGAGGAGGGCUACCUGAUGUGGUGCAAGGGCUGCGUGCUGAGCGCCACUGAGUCAACGCGCCUCAUGUGGGGUCGCGAGCUCGUCUCACUCGCCUCUGAGUUCAUCGCCAGGCUGCGGGAGCUGGAGCUAGACGUACCAGAGUUUGCUGCACUCAGCGCUGUCGUGCUGUGCUGUCCAGAUGCUGUCGGACUGAAGGAGAAGGAGUGUGUCUCUACGCUGCAGCGCCGAUUCCUCGAAGGCCUGCGUAUCUACAUGACCAAGCGCAGCGGAUCUCUGCGCUACGGGAAGUUGCUGUUGCGUCUGCCUCUGCUGCGUACCCUCAGCAACAAGGGACUCGAAAAAUAUCACAAUGCUCUCCAAGAUGGAAUCAUUCCAGUUGAUCAGCUGGCAUCAGAGAUGACAGACUGAGCAGAGAGGACUGCCGGGCAGCUUGUAUGUGUAGCUCAGCUCCGCCGACGAAAAUACACACAGAAACAGGUGAAAAUCCAGGCAAUCUCUGACCACAGCGGAAUAGCUGCAUCCCACAUGUAAUAUGAGUGAAUGUAGGUUUCGGAGCCAUGUCGCCCCGUGACUAUUACUCCAUGGCGAUCUGAGUCUGAAUAUGUCACAAUGCCGUGUCAGUAUUACGGUACCAAUUCUUAAUUAUUUCGAACUCAUACGUAUGUACAUGUUAAGAGGCCAUGUAAGUGAAAUGGAUUAAGUGUUAUUACUUAGUAUUAUCAGUUAUAUAUCACCUGGCACUACACACUGGUAGCUUGUUUACCCCAAGGUCAGGGAAUCUUGGUUGUAAAUCUUGCAAGUUCACACGUAGAGAAACAAAAGUAUUCAUGUGUAAAUAAUUAUGUAGGUAGGUUUGCCAGAUAUGCCAAGUGGCUUGUUAGGCUUACACAGUUGACUUUUUAACUCACAACACUUUCCAUGCUCUGUUUCACAGAUGUCAAGAUAUAUUUUUAAGAAGCUAAGGUAAUGCCUACCAGAAUCCUGUUGUGUCACAAAGACAGUUGUGACUUUACGCUGUCUCUGUAAACUGCUUGUAGCUGCUGGCCACUGUGUGCCUAUAGCAAAGUCUAAUUUGUGAUUAAAGUCCGCUGAUUUUACUUGAAGUUACGUAUGUUUCAAGCAGAGAUGAGUUCUGGUGAAAAAGUUUAUAGAGCCGGUGAAUCUAGCUAGUGUGAGAUUACUCAGUGAUAAUGCGUGUAUCAUGAGCGCCUGUGAUUACACCUUUGGAAAUAAUUGCCACAAUGAUAUGGUGGCCUUAUUAUUAAACUGUAAAACCGGGACAGGCGUGUGAUAGCUUAUGCUCCUCAUGAGAGGUGUCAAGUUUUCUAGGUGGCUUCAAACAGCUAAAAACUGGGAAAGGAAGUUUUUUCGGCCAAUAUAGUACCAAUGGUUAGUAGAUAGGGACUACCUGGCUAGGAAGAUUCAGGUACUUGCUCAAGGGUGGAGGUAAACACAAAAGCAUGUCUCAUCUCUAUGAGUGGAUUAAGGGGUGUGGUUGUUGCAUUCUUUAGUAGGCCAGUGCGGCGAUGGCGGUUUUAUCGCUAAAAGGAACGUCAUCGAAUGUUCCAAUUUUGGGCUAACCGAUUUCUCGCAAUUAUGUUUUUUUAAAGAAUUAUCGAGUAUGUGAACAUAUGCUCAUUCAGUAAUAAUUUCAUUGAUGGUUGGUUACAAACGCGGAGAUUUGUCAGAGUCUAUAGAGUGUCAACGUGACAGGUAAACGAUGUUUCGUGAUCACAUAACGGAGAAUCGUCGAGAAUUUCGAUUGAAAUGAUUUCACCUGCAGUCACUGCGGUCACUGGAAACCCUCAGCUUUUCAAGAUACGCAUGGCAACCCUACUGUAGAGUUGUGCGUAGUAAAGUUGUAGGACCCGAAUGAGCUGGAUAGAAUGUCAUGAUAUAUUUAAGGACUUCUUCAAUCCAUCGAACUGUAGUGAUUGUAACUAGACCCGGUAUGGAUGCGUGGAGAGACAGAUAGGUUAGUACUUGUUAAGGCGUAACAAACACUCAACGCGCACACAAACACUGAAAAGACAUGUCGUCGAAUCGGCUGCAAUGUGACACGACUGCACUGAGGUGCACUGAUGGAGGAGAGCAUGGCUCUCAACGUGCGCUGUCUGAAUCCCGUAGUCGCUCUUAUGCUGCUGGCGACUUAAGCCUAGCGCAACAGCGAUUCUAGAAUUGCUGUAAAAAAUGCUGUGAAAUCGCUACGUCUGCGGAAACGUGCAAC